AUGCAUAAAGAAUACACCUCAGUGAGCCCCGCUGACGACAUCACAGUGAAGACGGAGAAUGGACCUCAACCCAAGAAGUACCGCUACGUACGCAAAGAGGGAACAUGUAACGUCGUGUUCCGACACGUUCCCGAAGAGUGGAUGCUGUUUGUGACCGACAUCUUUACCACACUGGUGGAGAUCAGAUGGAGGGUGAUGUUUCUGAUCUUCGCCCUGUCCUACAUCCUGUCCUGGCUGAUCUUCGGCAUCUUGUACUGGGUCAUUGCGCUCGCCAACGGUGACACCAGAGAAGCCACAGAGAAGCCCUGCAUGUACGAGGUGCGCAGCUUCACGGCCGCCUUCCUCUUCUCUCUGGAGACUCAGACAACCAUCGGUUACGGCUUCAGAGGAAUGUCCGAGAACUGCAUGAUCGCCAUAAUCGUCGUCACUGUGCAAGACGUCAUCAGCUGCUUCAUCGACACCUUCGUCAUCGGAAUCGUCGUCGCCAAAAUGGCUUCGGCCAGGAAGCGGGCGCAGACGGUGGGCUUCAGCAACAGCGCCGUCAUCAACCUGCGCGACGGUUUCUUGUGUCUUUCUUGGAGAGUUGGGGACUUCCGCAGGCACCACCUGGUGGAAGGGACGGCUGGGGCUCAGCUCGUCCACACCACCGUACACGCCACAGGGAAACGGGACGUGUCGUACGAAGAUCUGGUCAUCCAGCAGAAAGAGAUCAUCCUGGCCACGCCGACCACCGUCUUCCACCGGAUCGAACCGGGCAGCCCGCUGUACAAGAUGAGUCUGGUCGAUCUGCGGCAGUCUGACUUCGAGCUGGUGGUGUCUUUCACCUACACGGACGACUCCACGGGGAUGCUGCAUCAAACCCGAACCUCGUACACUCCGGCGGAGAUCCUGUGGGGUCACCUGUUCCAGGAGAUGAUCCGGGUCAGCAGGAGGAACUACAGGGUGGACUAUACCUUGUUCAACCACACUGCCAAGGUGCUGGUGCCCGAGGUCAGCGCCGAGGAGUACGAGCACAAGAAGCUGCUGCGCCCCUCCCCACGUCACUCCCCGCGACACUCCCCUCGAUCUUCUCCCCGACUCUCACCCAGAUUUUCCCCACGCCCAUCCCCGAGGAUACAGCAGCAAAAUCACAGUGAAAAACUCCUGAAACCCCCAACGGUGACUGUGGAACUCGUGAACGUCAGUCGCCCCGAACCGACUGUUUCUACACCUCAAGCAGACCCUCAACAUCAAGACAUGUUGACUCUGCCCAAUGACCUGACUAACACAGAGAUAUAGAGGCAGAGCCAUGACGUCAUUGACACUUUGGGUUCAGCAGCCACUUCUUCGACAGAACGGAUAAUUUAGAAGAAGCUACUGAAUCUGAUUGACUGUAACAAUGUUCAGAGUUCUGGCUUCUGUUGUUUUAAGCAUGUGAUAAGUCUUUUGAGUAUCAAAGACUGAACCCUUGUAGACUUGAAAGAUGGCGUCCAUUCAUUGCUCAGCUGACAAGCGUGUUCCCAACAAGUAGCC